CACCCCUGGAAUCCCAGGGGAAAGGUGCAGCAGGGCUGUUUGGCAUAUGUCAGGGUUUCAUCUCUUCAGUUUGUUGACGUAUUAUUUGAAGUCCAAGAUAUUCACGCGCCCCUUACUUUUAUAAUAAAUGGAACAGCAAGAGAGUAGUGCUGAUAACAGUUACCCUGUAUAACUUAUUUGUGUGGAUGUUUUGUGGUUGACCGAGAAUACUUGUCCUUGAACGGUAAGGAUGGGCAGGGAGGUGUGGCAUUUUUUGUGUCUAUUUCAAUUGCAAUAACAUUUUCAAUGCCUUGCAGUCCCUCAGUUGUCUUUUGUGACAUCCCCUCCAAGCAGGGUUAGACCCACCAAACGCAAAACAGUGGUUCAGAAGAUUGGUCAGGGUUCCAAGGGAGGAGAGGAAAGAAUAAGCACCCAUUUAUUUCUUUUUCUUCCACACACAGUUCUCUAAUGCUGAAAAAAACCACCUCCUGCGUGCCCACAACCUUCCUUGGAAGAAUUCAGGUUUUUCACUUUGAAGACCUGGUCUCUCUAGCUUAGUGGUUUAAGUAUCCAGUUUAAUAUCUGAACUCCCCAGGACCAUAAAUUCAAAUACCUGCUGAGCUGGUUCUCCUCUUCAUCUUUCUCUGAUGAUGCAUUCCAUACCAUGUAGUUUAGUGCAUGUAAAUUAGAUUUUAAAAGCCAAGAUCCUUUCUACUCCAUGUGAAUAUUAAAGAUCCUAGAGCACUUUUCAUAAGCAGAGGUGUUUGUCCUCAUGUCUUGCUCAAAAUUUCCUUUCCCUUCACACUUGUAUGAUGCAGUGGCUGCAUUUCAGUGGUACUGUGGGUAAAGUUUGUAAAGUGCUUUGGGAUCCUUUUGGUCUAAGGGCACUGUGCCCAUCUUUAAUUAUAUUAAGCUUAGCCCUUGAGACAGGUAUUAAUCAUAAGUUUGUUUUAAAUAGGUCUUAAUUUUAAUGAAAUUAUGUUUAAAUCACUGACUUUUUAAUGUAUUAAUCCUGCUCUCAGGACCCAUUUCCAUAUAUUAUGUAUAUGUACCCCAAUAAUUGGACCCUUAUUUUUAAAAAGCAGAUUAACUGGGGAACUAAGUCUUGUAAAUAUGUUUUAUACUUGUCUGCCAUUACAUUGCACAAUCCAUUAUAUAAAUAAUAAAAAGCCUUAUAAUGCUACUUUGUUAUAUAGUUAUAGCAGAUGACUCGGCUUUUCUUUUUUAGAUCAAAGUUUCAAAAACAAUUGGAUUGCAUUAUGCUGUAGUAUUUAGUCACCCCAUGUUUUAAUAAAUCAAAACAGUUCUGAGUAACAGAAAUAUUUAUAGUCAUGGAUUAUUUUAUAUUACAUUUGUAUGAUUUUAUUUCUCUUUGAAAAUGAAAAGCUAGGGAGGUGUACAGCUGUAGCUCAGCUACAGGCAAUUGAAAUAAUUACCAACUGUUCCUUUCAUCAGUGUUACUGUAAUCUGUCUCCAGUAGGAUGUAGCUACAGCGCAUCUGAGGAGAAUUUCCAUCAUGUGAAUGGCUAAUUACAUUUUGGGCUAUAGAUUAUAGACAAAUAUAUUGUUAGGAAUUAAUAGUAGUAUUUGAAUGUCCAUUUUUCCACAAAAUUGGUCAAAUGAAAUAAAUACUUAUGAUCUGUAUUUCAUGUAUGUUUCAUAAGACUUCAAUUUACAGGCAAUCACCAGGCUCUGUACUCACUACAGUACUGUAUCAAGACAUGGAUUGGGACCAGUUUGACAUGAACCCCAAAGUGAUAGCUGCUGUUAAGAAAGCUAAUAUAAAAUCAAUAAAAGAGAUUUUGAAUCUUUCUGGAGCAGACUUGCAAAGGCUGACAAAACUGUCCAGUAUGGAUGUACAGUGCUUACUGAAAACAGUCUCUGGUACACUGAGGAAAAGCUGUAUGCUUACAGCACUUCAGCUGUACCAAGACAAAGAUCACUGCACAUCCCAACACCAGAAACUAAGCCUGGGUUGCUCAGUACUAGAUAGCUUGUUAAGAGGUGGCAUUCCUGUGGUGGGGAUCACAGAGCUUGCUGGUGAGAGCUCUGCUGGGAAGACUCAGAUUAGUUUGCAGCUGUGCCUUUCUGUGCAGUAUCCUUAUGAAUAUGGAGGAUUAGAAUCUGGUGCUGUCUACAUUUGCACAGAAGAUGUUUUCCCAAAUAAACGCUUGCAGCAACUGAUUGAUCAACAACGUACAUUUAGGGCAGAUGUUCCACUUGAUGUCAUACAGAGAAUAAAAUUUGGAAACAGUGUUUUCAUUGAGCAUGCCGCAGACCUUGACACCUUCUACAACUGCAUUGCUAAAAGGAUUACCUUACUGCUCUUGAGAGGCGUGGUGCGUUUGGUGGUCAUUGAUUCUAUGGCUGCUUUGUUUCGAUGUGAAUUUGGAGCAAAAGAUUCUGUUAUGAAAGCCAGAUAUCUGCAGACAUUUGGAGCAAAACUUCACAGUUUAAGCAGUCGAUUCAGAACUCCAAUACUGUGCAUUAAUCAGGUAACUGAUACAGUGGAUGAGACAGAUGUUGCUCAGAGCAAUUUUGGCUUAUUGGAUAAGAAAGUUUCUCCAGCACUUGGGCUAACCUGGUCCAAUCAACUGUUGAUGAGAUUGAUGGCCAGUCGAAUAACACAAUCAGAACAGUCACCUGGAGGUGCAUUACAGCAUACUGGAAGUGUUUUGAGGACUUUAAGUGUGGUUUUUGCUCCUCAUCUCCCUCCGUCCUUUUGCUGCUAUGCAGUAAAUCUGGAAGGUGUGAAAGGUGUAAAAGUGAAAACCCCACUGUGAAAAUGUUACAUAUCUAUCGACUCCAAAGAUAGAUAUAAAUGAUUGUGAAUCAAGAAGCCAUUGGCCUAUUUUUUUCCAUCUGUAGAAAAAAAGAUGCCUAACCAUGUAUAUGAAAAAUGUUGCUUGGACAAUACACUUUUAUAACCAUAUUCUGCAAAAAUACAGAAGCCAGUGAUAAAGAAUAGAUUUCUGUACCUACUUUUUAGGUUCAGUUAGGUUUGCACCUUGAUGUAUUUAUCUUGGAAAGAAGGGAUCUUAAUAAAAUAUAACCUGCAUCUUUGGGAUGCAGACUAUACUAAAUGCUGGCCUGCUUUAAAAACUUACUGAAGUAGGCCAGCUGUACUUUCAAAUCCUGACUCUAGCAAGGAAAUAGCAUGUUUAUAAAACUAAUGUAAGUAGCUGAAAGUGUGCUGCUCUGGGAAAGGAAUAAUUCAUGAAUAUAGUACCAAAGCAAUACUGACUUGUUACCUGCACUAACA